AUGGCGGAAUCAAUUGUUUCCCGUGGCCAGCAGCUUGAGACGGGAGUAGACUGCCUACCAGGUUGGUAUUUUGCAGCGCUCAACCCAUCACCAAUAAAGGCCGAUGCUAUGGAUCUGAAUGCAAGUAUGUACGCGACGCUUAACCCAGUAUGUGAGACGGAGGACAUGCCACAACCCAUGGACGAGGAUGAUGUGCACAAGCCUCGAGAGCUUUCGUCUAUCGCUGCGUCCAAUGCUACAAUGAGCUGUACAGACGAUGAACUUGAGCUUGAAAAGUUUGGCGUAGCGAAUCACCAUUUAGAUUUGACGGACAAACACGAGCAGCAGCAGAUAAAACAACAGGAACUUGGCCAAUCGACGGUGUUAAGUGGACAUUCCACAACAUCGUCGUUAGAAAUCUCCAAAGACCUUGUGCUCUCGGGCUUCUCCAUGCGUGGAAGAGAGAAAAAAGUCAUGUAUCACAUUGAUGUGGUAGACCACGACGCCCCUUUGCAAACAUACACUAUCCGUCGCAGCUACUCUGACUUUAAAAAUCUGCACCUUCAGCUUAGCGAGAUUCUCGAGAACAGACAAGCAUAUUAUCGCAGAAAAGCUGUAUCCAGACUUGCUAGAGGGAUCACACCCAUGCUGGUCGAAGCGAUGACACAAGAGGAUAAACUCGAGUGUGCCAUCAUGGCAUUUACAUUACCUCCAUUACCUCACGCCGGAUUUCUCACGUUCUGGAAACGACACGAUCGAUCGUACUUGCAAUCAAGAUGCGAUAGUUUCCAGGACCUGCUACAAGCAGUGCAACAAAUGGCAUUUCUGCGUGAAUCCUUUGCAAUGCAAAAGUUUUUGAGUGUAGCACCAUGUGCCAUUCGACAACGAGGCUCCUCCUAUGUGUCGCUCUGUGAAUACAGCGUACCUACGCUGGACCCCGAGGAGGAGCAAAGAGAGCGGAAGCGACGAGCGCAACAGUAUCGUCGAAACAGCAGCGCCAGCACCAACUCGACACGCGUGGUGGAGUAUUGA